AGUACACAUACUCACAGAGGGCCAACACACACAUAUCCCAUGCAUAAAGAAUUGCUGGGCAAAGUUCAGAACUUCACUCUAGAUAAACAGAGGUUUGAAUAACACAUGUAGAUAUUGUUUUACAUGUUUACUAUACUGUACCAUACAGUCAGACAGAACUGAUUUACAUAACUGUAUAUCAUUUUGGAGAGUACACUAAUAUCAGAAAAAGAAAUGGCGUCAAAAACUGAGAAUUCAAAAUGUGUAGUAAUUCCAGUCGAUUCCAGUGAUAAUGCAUCCAAGGCAUUUGACUGGUAUGUGUCUGAGAUUCACAGACCAGGAGACAAAGUCCACCUACUACAUGUCCACCAGCCUGUACUCACUGGAUACCAGGGAUGGAAGUUCACAGGUGAAGUUCAUGACAGACUUGAACAGGAAAAGAAAAAAGUUAUGACUUUACUCUCAGACUACAAAGCAAAACUGAAACAACACAAGAUAGAGGGUGAUGCUCAUUAUAAGAUUAGCAUGAACACAGGGGAUGUAAUUGUGGAGUUCUCUGAGGAUGAAAAUAUAAAAGCUGACAUAAUUGUCAUAGGAUCUAGAGGAUUAGGUGCUGUAAGGAGAACUAUCCUAGGUAGUGUCAGUGACUAUGUACUUCACCACACCAAAAUACCAGUUAUUGUAAUUCCUGGUCAUGGCAAACACUGAUUAAAAGUACCAACUAUUUAAGGCUAGGUUAAAAAAGGAAACGUUAGCAUGCACAUACUUCCCCUCAUCUUUUUGAAAGAUAUUUCAAUCAUUUUGACAGAUAUGUCAGAUCUAUUUGAAAAAUUGGAGAAAUAAUCUAAAAAACUGAAUCAACUCAUCCUUUCAAGGAAUCCAGAAGUACUGUAUUAUUUCAAGGAGGAUACAAAUGCUAUGGGGAAGGAGUAAUUCAAUUUCUAAAUAGGACCAUGGACUUGCAGUCUAUGAUAGGACAAGGAGAUUAUUUCAUGGACCUUUGUGAAUGUAGAGAAUUAAAAUAAGAAAAUGUCAAUCAAAUAUAUAUUCAUGUGUUUUUUCAGUA